AAUUAAGAUAAAUGCGAAAAGAAGUUGCGCAAAAAAACAACAACAACAAGAACAACUGUUCGACGAAAAAGGAUCUAUAUAACCGCCAACGUGCUCAACAAGAACAACUGUUCGACGAAAAAGGAUCUAUAUGACCACUACCGUGCUCAACAAAAAGUUUUUUCUCUUACUCUGAAACUAUAGAUUCUAGUCAAAGCUAGCAGAACUGGGUUAAGUCCAAGUUAACUUUGGGUUAAGUAUGUUAUAUGCAGCCUAGAAAAAGCAAGUACUACUUUAAAAUAAAACAAAAACUUAAUAAUAUUUAUGAAUAUGAUUUAAAUACUCGGUUUACGGGUGGAAAAACAUUUAAAUGUGAAACUAUGCCAUAAUUUGUUGGCGCAAACUAUUAAAGAAAAUAAACAAUAUUUGUUUAACAUCUGCCCAAAGUUAGGGUAGUUGACAGUAUUCACUAAACGAAUUCUUUCUAAACUUUUACCAUUUUAAAGAGUCAACCAACGAUUACUAAUAGUACUGCUUUACUACUGAAUACUGGCUACUGCACUAAAGAGAUUGAUCAACUUUAUGAAUUAAAAAAAUCAUCUUCACCUAUGUGUUUGAGAGCAAUAUCUAACUUAUGGAAAGUUACUAAAAGUGGAGUAUACCACUUCCAACUGUGUAGUGCCUCGAUCAAUGCAGCGCGCUUAGUGUUUAAUACGAAGCUCAAGAGGCUCCACAAGGAUAGAACAGCGAAACUUGAAGAUGUGGCUGUUUUUGAGUAUUUAAAAAAGGAAGCAGCAGUAAUGGUUGCUGAUCGAGUGGCUGAUGUAAAACGAUCAUUACCUCUCACAUUGGACUUAGGAUGUGGGAGAGGGUUUAUUUCUGAAGAACUGUCUCAGUUGGAUGGUGUUGAUAUGCUUAUUCAAGGAGAUACUUCAAAUGGAUAUUUAUUAAAUUCUUGUACUUCAGUACUUGAUACGCAAUCGAUUACCUUUGGUGAAGAAAAUUUGCCAUUUCGUGAUGAGACAUUUGAUAUGGUACUCACAAGUAUGAGUUUGCAUUGGGUGAAUGAUCUUCCAGCCUGUUUUAAAGAAGUGCUAAGGGUUUUAAAACCAGACGGCUGUUUCAUUGGAAUGAUGCUUGGUGCAGACUCACUGUUUGAACUUCGUUGUUCAUUGCAGUUGGCUGAGCUAGAAAGGGAAGGGGGAAUGGCUCCCCAUGUCUCACCUAUGAUACAAGGCCAUCAACUUGCCAAUUUAAUGUACAAUGCCGGUUUUACGCUUGUAACUUUAGAUUUUGAUCAACUGGUUGUAAAUUACCCAUCUAUGUUUGAAGUUAUGUAUGAUUUAAAAGGCAUGGCAGAGAAUAAUUGUGCUAUAAAUAUUAAACCAAUGCAUCGGGACACAAUAUUAGCAGCAUCAGGUAUUUAUCAAUCAAUGUAUGGUGAUUUGGAAAAAAAUUCAGUGCCAUGUACGUAUCAAAUGUUAUUUAUGAUUGGAUGGAAAGCACACGAAUCUCAACCCAAACCACUUGAUCCAGGAGCGGUACCAAAAGGACUUAAUGUUAAAAUGUCAUGAAAAUUCUGACAUUUUUAAUUCUGUUUUGAGGUUAUAACAUUGCUCAACUAACCUGUACUCCAUCUAACGUAAUACUACUAUUUACAUUUUAUAUGUUUUCAUAAGAAUAAAUGAAACUGCUAAAAGCUAAAUUUUGAAAUUUAACCAAUAAUGUUAAUUUUCAAACAAGGUAAGCUCUAUAAAAACCUAAUUUCUUUUUAG